CUUCUAACGUCACAUCCUGUCAACGCGCUGGGUUUGGGUAGUCCUCCAUCUUGGCUCUGGCCAGCGAAGGGGUAACCGGACAGUGUCUCGGGAGAGGAGGAGGUGGAGGAGAAGAAGCUGAAGCUGAAGCUGAAGGGGCCAGACCCUUUGCUGAGCCGAUUCAACCAAGCUUGUCUUACAGAUCCGACACCAGCCAAAGGUCUACAGGCAGAGCUGGACUCGCUGUGGUCCAGGAAACACACACCCGGUCUUGCCGGCUGCUAGAGCUAGCCAGGUAUCCUAGCCAGCAAAGAGGAACUGUUGCUCCGAUUCAGGUUGGAUCGAUGUUGGUAAAAAAAAAAAGAAAUUGCUGGAAGAGAAGCCGAACCGAGCCAAACCGGGAAAGAUAACCCUCUGGUCCUGGAACCAGGACUGGAUCCAGUAAUGCCGGGUGAACACCUCAGAUAACCGUGAUCUUAAGCUAAAGCAGUCCGCUAAGUUUGGGCAGGUGUUCCGGAGCGGUCAGACGGCUUCAUGACCGAACCUCCCAUACACUGACCCCUGUAACAUGUCAGCCAGGACCCCCCUGCCCACGGUCAACGAGCGGUACGCCGAAAAUCAUACCUCAGUGGAUGAUGGGCAUAGUGAGGCAGCGUCCCGCUCUGCCCGCUGUAAAACCUCGUCCUCCAGCAGAGACGAGGCGCCACACGUGGGGAACUACCGACUGCUGAAAACCAUUGGAAAAGGAAACUUUGCUAAAGUCAAGCUGGCUCGACAUGUCCUGACUGGGCGAGAGGUGGCGAUCAAAAUCAUUGAUAAGACCCAGCUGAACCCCACCAGCCUGCAGAAGCUCUUCAGAGAAGUCAGAAUAAUGAAGAUCUUAAAUCACCCAAACAUCGUGAAGCUGUUUGAGGUGAUAGAGACGGAGAAGACUCUGUACCUGGUGAUGGAGUACGCCAGUGGAGGUGAAGUGUUUGACUAUCUCGUAGCUCAUGGGAGGAUGAAGGAGAAGGAGGCCAGAAGUAAAUUUAGACAGAUUGUAUCUGCAGUUCAGUACUGCCAUCAGAAGCACAUCGUUCACCGAGAUCUGAAGGUAAAACACAAAAUAAAACCUAAACUCAGGCUUUCAUCUGAUUUUAAAUGCACCAUGAACAUAUAUCAAAAGCUUCUGCUGGAUUCCCCCCCCACCCCCACCCCCCAGGCAGAAAACCUCCUUCUGGAUGCUGACAUGAAUAUUAAAAUAGCAGAUUUUGGGUUCAGUAAUGAGUUCACUGUUGGUGGGAAACUGGACACUUUCUGUGGUUCUCCUCCAUACGCUGCUCCUGAACUCUUCCAGGGUAAGAAGUAUGAUGGUCCAGAGGUGGAUGUCUGGAGUCUGGGUGUGAUCCUCUACACUCUCGUCAGUGGAUCUUUGCCGUUUGAUGGACAGAACCUCAAGGAACUGAGAGAGCGAGUACUGCGUGGUAAAUAUCGCAUCCCCUUCUACAUGUCAACUGACUGUGAGAACCUGCUGAAGCGUGUCCUGGUGCUGAACCCGGGGAAACGAGGAACUCUGGAGCAAAUCAUGAAGGAUCGCUGGAUCAACACCAGCUUUGAAGAGGAGCUGAAGCCCUUCAUCCAGCCGGAGCUGGACAUCAGGGAGCAGAAGAGGAUCGACCUGAUGGUGGGAAUGGGCUACUCCAGGGAGGAGAUUAAUGAGUCGCUCAUCAAGAUGAAGUACGACGACAUCACAGCCACCUACCUGCUGCUGGGACACAAGCCGACUGAGGUGGAGGUGACCAAGCCGUCAUCCUCGCUGCUCAAGCCUCGCCUGUGCAGCAGUAGCCAGUCUCCUGCUCACCUCCUCGCCCAGCGCUCCACCUCCUCCGCCUCCAAACACAGGAGGUACAGUGACCAAGUGUGCACGGUGUCCUCGGCUGCUCCUCAGCCUAGGAGGAGUCAGACGGCAGCGCCACCAGAGGGGGAGGUACAGCAAGAGGCCAGAGGCCACAGCAAAAAGUGCAGUCCUGUGGAAGGGGGCAGUCCUCAGCUGGGGAAUGCCAACAACCCCGACAUGGCCGACAUCCCUGAGCAGAGGAAGAUGUCGGCCACAACCACUGGAGGGUCGUCCAGCAUGACGAGGAGGAACACCUAUGUCUGCACAGAGAGGAGCCCCACAGAUCAACACUCUGUGGUCCACAACGGGAAAGAGAACAGCUCAGCAAACACCCCCACUCAGAGGUCGGGGGGCGGAGCCUCCACCCACAGUGUGAGCAGUGGAGCGACGCCUCCGGACCAGCUACGUUUCCCUCGGGGGACGGCGAGUCGCAGCACCUUCCAUGGAGGUCAGCUCAGAGAGAGACGCACUGCCACCUACAAUGGCCCCCCCGCUUCCCCCACCCUGUCACAUGAUGCCUCGCCUCUCGUCCAGUCACGAGCCAAAGGAUCCACCAACCUGUUCUCUAAAAUCACCUCCAGACUCUCACGCAGAGGUGUGUCAGAGGUCGAGAAGAACGGGAGACCUGAGGAAUUCAGUCAUACUGUGCCAUCUGAUCAGAAGGAGGAGGCUGGUUCCCCUGCUGCUCUUCACUUGAAGGAGUCAAAGCCUCGCUCCCUGAGGUUCACCUGGAGUAUGAAGACUACGUCAUCCAUGGAGCCUCUGGACAUGAUGAGGGAAAUCAGGAAAGUCCUGGAUGCCAACAACUGUGACUAUGAGCAACGUGAGUGCUUCCUGCUGCUCUGCGUCCACGGAGAUGGACACGCUGACAGCCUCGUCCAAUGGGAGAUGGAGGUGUGCAAACUGCCCCGCCUCUCGCUCAAUGGGGUCCGAUUCAAACGCAUUUCAGGAACAUCCAUCGCCUUCAAGGACAUCGCCUCCAAGAUCGCCAACGAACUCAAACUGUAGAGGUGCAGAGAGAGAGAGACAGGAUUUUUCUCACCUGCUCCCAGAACAGCAGCCUUCACAUCUCACUUCUAAUUGAAUAAACUUGGCUGACUGCUGCAAAGGAUCAUG